CGCGUCCAUCAAUCUGACCAGCUGCAAGUACGAGAGCGUGCGGCGCGCUGCGCAGAACUGCGGCCUCAAAGAAGUGGGUGAAGAUGAGGAGUGGACAAUAUACUGGACUGACUAUUCCGUCUCUCUGGAGCGUGUCAUGGAGAUGAAACGGUUUCAGAAAAUCAACCAUUUUCCAGGCAUGACCGAGAUCUGCCGCAAGGACUUGCUGGCUCGCAAUCUUAACCGCAUGCUCAAACUCUUCCCCAAGGAAUACAAUAUUUUUCCCCGUACUUGGUGCCUGCCAGCUGACUACGGGGAUUUCCAGACCUAUACUCGUGUGAGGAAAAACAGAACAUUCAUCUGCAAGCCCGACAGCGGCUGCCAGGGGAGAGGUAUCUUCAUAACACGUAACGCCAAGGAUAUCAAGCAUGGAGAGCAUAUGAUUUGUCAGCAAUAUAUCUCUAAGCCUUUCCUUAUUGAUGGCUUUAAGUUUGACAUGCGUAUCUAUGUGCUGGUCACCUCCUGUGACCCGCUGAAGAUUUUUGUCUACAAGGAAGGGCUAGCCCGGUUUGCUACCAUGAGGUACAUCGAGCCCAGCAGCAGCAACCUGGAUGAUAUCUGCAUGCAUUUGACCAAUUACUCUAUCAAUAAACAUAACGAAAACUUCGUCCGGGAUGACACAGUGGGCAGUAAGAGGAAACUGUCCACUGUGAAUGCCUGGAUGAUGGAUAACAGCUACAACACAAAGAAACUCUGGGAAGAUAUUGAAGAUAUUGUUAUAAAGACCCUUAUUUCAGCUCACCCUGUUGUGAAGCACAAUUACCAAAGCUGCUUUCCUAACCACACUACUGGCUGUGCCUGCUUUGAGAUACUGGGUUUUGAUAUUUUGCUGGAUAGAAAGUUGAAACCAUGGCUGUUAGAGGUCAAUCACUCUCCCAGCUUCACCACGGACUCGCACCUGGACCGAGAAGUGAAGGAUGCUCUUCUCUUUGAUACCAUCAACCUGAUAAAYGUGCAUGCCUGUGACAAAAGGAAGGUGCUGGAGGAAGACAAGCAGCGGGUGAAGGAGCGGCUCCUUCAGGCCCCUCACACUGGCCGUGCGUCCAGGCGCGAGGAGCUGGAGAGCAGCCAGGCCGCGUGGCUGGCGCAGGCGGAGCGCUACGAGGACUCCCACCUGGGAGGCUUCCGGCGCGUGUACCCGGCACGCGGAACCGACAAGUACGAGCCGUUUUUCAAGCAGAGUGGCUCCCUCUUCCAGGAGACAGCAGCCUCCAAGGCACGAGAGCAGUGUGCCAGGCAGCAACUGGAGGAAAUUCGCUUGAAGAAGGAAGAGUUGGAAGUUCUUACUGGGAAGAAGAAGAAAGAGAGAAAAGAAGCCCUGCAAGGAGAAUCRGCUGGGGACAAAUCCCAGAGCCGUAACAAAACCGGAGCUCCCACCACCCAGCUCACCUACAGAAGCACCAGGGUGUGGGACAGAAAGAUGCAACAAAUGCAGUAUGACUCUAUGCUGCCCCAGGAUAUUGUGGAAAAGGAGGAGCAGAAAAGAGUGAAGGCUCUUGUGCAGCGUGAGAAGCUCAUCCGAAGCCUCGGCAUCGUAGAUCAGCUCUCCUGGCUGAUCCCCACAGCUCACAGAUCAGCAAACAGCUCCUGCGCUGUUGUCGCCCAGAGCCAGGUAACCGAAGGCUGCCCAGACCYGUCCUGUAAGGAGACAGGAUCCAUCCACAGGAGACAGACGCUCAGGGGGGAGCAAGAGGAAGGCGCCCUGAUCGCUGAGCACCUUUGGUGGGGCUGAGUUAAGUGAGGUGCAGCGAGGACUCUGGGUCCUUGGGGCUUUGUGUAGUUAGAUUUUCUUCUCGUUACCAACGGGCACCCCAGGCCAGUCGCCUGUGAGAGCCCUGAGCAGCCUCCCCCAGACCGUCCCCAUGGCCACCCCGAAGGGCAGUGCAGGGCCACGCUUUUCUUUAACAAUGUGGUCUUCUGGGCACAGCUGUCGCCAGCACGCAGCUCCCUGCUUCUGCUGGGCAGUAACGUGACUCGCUCAAGUGCUAGUUAGCUGGCUAGUGCCAUUUCAGCACUUCAGUUAAAUAAAGUGAAUUCCUGGGUAGGCUUCUAGCAGCUACGAGUACUAACGUACUAGGAGCUUGGUAAAGGAGCACAGAACAACGAGGGGCUGAAGGGAAGUGGAGGGAGGAUAAAUAUAU